AUGCAGGCGAGGAGCUACGCAGCCAGCGCUAGGGCGAUCCCGGGGAUCGUGUGGGGCGCUGCAACUGGGGAUCGUCUCCCCGCUGCUGCAGCAGCAAAUCCUGGGGGCCCCCUGGGGGCCCCCAAACCCCACACUGUGGCUACAAGGCCUCAGCAGCAGCAGCAGCAGCAGCAGCUGCUGCAGCAGCAGCAGCAACUGCAGCAGCAGCAACUGCAGCAGCAGCAGCAACUGCAGCAGCAGCAACUGCAGCAGCAGCAGCAGCAACUGCAGCAACAGCUGCAGCAGUGGCAGCAGUACCUUGUGCGCCAGCAGCAAGAACAGCAGCAGCAGCAGCAGCUAGUAAAACAGCAGCAGCAACAACAGCAACAGCAACAACAACAGCAGCAACAACAACAGACGCAACAGCAGCAGCGCCUCCUAGAACAGCAGCAGCAGCAGCAGCAGCAAUACCUGGUAACACAAGAGCACGAACAGCAGCAGCCACAGCAGCAGCAACAGCAGCAGCAACAGCAGCAGCAACAGCAGCAGCAACAGCAACACUCCACUUGGCAGAGAGAACAGCAGCAGUCUAACGAGGCCUACUUAGACAGAGAGCAGCAGCAGCAGCAGCAGCAGCAGCAGCAGCAGCAGCAGCAAAAGGGGACUGGGGGCCCCCAAUCGGUGGUUGCUGCUGCUGUUGCUGCUGCUGCUGCUGCAGCAGCAGCUGCCACCGCCAGCCUGCAGCAGCAGCAGCAGCAGCAGCAGCAGCAGAGCGCAGGAGACAAGGGGCCCCUAGCCGCUCCUCCAGUGUCUCCUUGUCUGCAGAAAAUACCUCAGAGAUCCGCAAGACCCACAAAGCCCCUCGUCAGCAGCAGCAGCAGCAGCAGCAGCAGCAGCAGCAGCAGCAGCAGAAGCCCCUUUCGCGCAGCAGCAGCCCUAGAGUGCUCGCAGCAAAAGGACUUCCUGAAGACCCCCCAGAGGGGCCCCCCAUGUGGCUGCGAGAAAAGUCUUUUCGCUCUUCUUCUAGCAGCAGCAGCAGCAGCAGCAGCAGCUGCUGCUGCUGCAGCAGCAGGCCGCCGCAUGCAGACAGCAGCAAACCAACAGGGGCCCCCAACAAAGACCCUACCCUCUCUAUUUGCUUGGCCAGUCCCCCAGAGGGCCCCCGCAAGGCCUCUUCUGGGGGCCCCUGUGGGGCCCCCUGUGGGGGCCCCUGUGGGGGCCCCCCUGGGGGCCCCUGUGGGGCCCCCUGUGGGGCCCCCUGUGGGGGCCCCUGCGGGGGCCCCUGUGAGACCCCCUGUGGGGGCCCCUGCGGGGCCCCUUGUGGGGCCCCCUGUGGAGCAGCCCCCGAUGGGGGCCCCUCCGAAAGCCUCUAUGGGGCCCCCCCCGGGGGCCCCUGCGGGGGGCCCCCCGGGGGCCCCUGUGGGGGGCCCCCAGGGGGCCCCUAAAAGUUUUAGUGAGGCCUCUGAAGAGACUUUAGCAGCAGAACUGUCUCUCUUUUUGCGCAGCAGGAGCAGCAGAAGCAGCAGCAGCAACUUGCUGCAGGAGGGCCUCAGCAGCAGCCCGAGGGGCCCCCCGGGGGCCCCCCCCGCCGCCCUUGGGGGGCCCCCCCCAGGGGGGGCCCCCCAAACGGUACCCCUGCAGGUACCCACCAGGAGGGGCCCCCAGGGGCCCCCGGCUUGGGGCCCCCUGGGGCCCAGCAGGGGCCCCACAGCACUUGGGGCCCCCGAGGCCCUCCAGGGGGCCCCCCGGGGGGCCUCUCCUGGGGGCCCCCCGGAGGGGCCCCCCAGGGGCCCCUGGGGGGCCCCCUGGGGGGGCCCCUGGGGGGGCCCCCCGGGGGGCCCCUGGGGGCCCUCGAGGGCCCCUGAAAGACUCAGAGAACCCUCUCAGCAGGGGGGCCUCCCUCGCAUUUACCGGCCAAGGGCCCCCCACUUGCUGCCUGCAGAGGGGCCCCUAGAAGGGGCCCCCAGGGGGCCCCUUGAGGCUGGCCCGCCCCAGGACCCACCCUCUACCCAGCAGCAGCAGCAGCAGCAGCAGCAGCAGCAGCAGCAGCAGCAGCAGCAGCAGCCACACGAAAAGGAGCAGCAAGAGACUGCAGCAGAUGCCUCCGUCUCCUCUUGCAGCCCUGAGGGUUCAAAAGGGGCCCCUGGGGGCCCCCAGGGGGGCCCCCAGGGGGGCCCCCCUGGUGAAGCCGCUGGCCCCCAAGGGGGGCCCCUGGGGGGCCCCCUUGGGGGCCCCCCUCUCGAGGGCCCCUCAGGGGGGCCCCCUGGGGACCUGGGGGCCCUGGCCUUGGGGGCCCCCCUGAGGGGCCCCUCUGAAGAGUCAUCUGAGGGGCGUUUGAAGACAAUGCGGAUAUUCAGCAGCAGCAGCAGCAGCAGCAGCAGCAGCGGCAGCAGCAGCAGCAGCGGCAGCAGCAGCAGCAGCAGAAUAGUGCUGGAAACAGUCCCCGAACCAGGGUACAGAUGGGGGGGCCCCCCAGGGUCUCCGGGGGGCCCCCAGGGGGCCCCCUGCUGCAGCAAUUCUGCUGCAGUGCAGCACGCGCUGCAGUGGGCAGUUUAUUUAAGCGCUCGGCAGCGAGAAGAAGUGUUUGCUGCUUUUGGAAAAGAGUGGAAGCUGCUGCGGCGCUUCGCUUUGGCGCUGCUGCUGCGGCAGGAGGGGACAAAAGGAGACAGCAAGAGGCGCGCAGCAGCAGCAAGCAGCAGCAGCAGCAGCAGCAGCAGCAGCAGCAGCAGCAGCAAGCAGCAGCAGCUAGCAGCAGCAACAAACUGGGCUCUAGGCGGCAUCUACGGACUCUGUGGAGAGACAUAUGCCCUCAUUUGCCGGCGGCGCUCCGCACCUUCUUUGCUGCUGCCGCAAAAUGUUGCAGCAUAUCUUUUUUAUGACCGUUUGUCUGUGUCUUUUAGUCCAGUUCCUGCUGCUGCUGCUGCUGCUGCUGCAGCAGCAGCAGCAGGGGCCUCGCCGGCUGCUGCUGCAGAAGCAGCAGCAGCAGCAGCAGCAGCAGCAGGCUUCGAUGCCGUUUUGCUCAAGAGCUGGGAGUGA